AUUUUGAAAUCAGUUUCAUUCGUCUGUUGGACAAAGUGACAAACGGUACCAAGACGGUUAUUAACGAGACAGGCACUCAGAUCAUUUACAGGCCAGGACUUCUGCUUGGAGGAGGUAUCGAUCAUGACUGUCACGUGGCAAGACCCAUCGGAUACUAUCUGGAGAUGCUCAUGUGUCUGGCUCCAUUCACGAAGGAGCCACUGCGAGCUGUAUUGAGGGGUGUCACAUGUGACAAGGACGAUCCAUCUGUGGAUCUGUUGAAGCUGUCAGUGUUCCCAGUGUUGAAGCGAUUCCUUGGCACAGACGAAGGAUUGGAGCUUAAGAUUUCCAAACGUGGUGCAGCCCCUGAUGGAGGAGGUGAAGUUUUGUUUUGCUGUCCGUGUCGACAAAAAUUGAGACCAGUCAAAUUCCUGCAGCCAGGAAAGAUCAAGCGUAUUCGGGGAGUAGCAUGGUCUGUAAGAGUGUCUCCCGCUUUCGUGAACCGUCUGGUGGACUCAACACGCAGCGUGCUCAACAAAUUCCUUACCGACGUGUACAUCUACACAGACCACAUGAAGGGGAACCAGUCGGGAAAGUCUCCAGGGUUUGGCCUGACCCUUGUGGCUGAGACAACGGAGGGGGCGUUCCUCGCGGCAGAGGAAGUGUCCAACGCCCGAAAGUCUGGGGAAGGUCCCAGUAUUCCUGAAGAUAUUGGCAAGAAAGCCGCAGUUUCUUUGUUGCAGGAAAUACACAGGGGUGGCUGUGUGGGCUCCAUGGCUCAAAGUCUCGCGGCGCUUAUGAUGGUGCUGGGGCAACAGGAUGUCUCCAAGGUACAGAUGGGGGAGCUCACACCGUACACGAUACAGUUCUUGCGACACAUUCGAGAUUUUUUCCAAGUGACAUUCAGCAUCAAGAAGGAUCAGAAGCCAGUGGCACCAAGCACUGAUGACGAGGAGGAACCGCAGGAGUUGCGAGUAGGAGCAGACAAGCUGAUUUUGACAUGUGUUGGGGUGGGGUAUUCUAAUGUUAGUAAAGCAGUAAGAUAGUA